UUGGCUCAGCUUUUGUUCGACGCCCACCGUUUCCCUUCCUCGCUGUUGUUCAGCCAUGCCGGCUAUCACCGAUGCGGUCAAGUUCGAGAACAUCGCCCGAGAGUGGCGCUGCAAGUGGUCCGGCGACAAUGAGAAGGCGUCCCUGACCGCGGCGCAGAAGGCCUUGGAGGAGGUGCUGCCGAAGGUCAAAGAGGUCUCGGGCAGUGUGCAGCGGGUGGUCUGCGGAGGCUGCCUUGACUUCAAGGUGGUGGUGAAGCUCCCGGCCGCCAAGUUCGGGGACUGGGAGAAGGCCUCCUUCGCGCCGGAGGCCGACUUCCUGGCGAAGCUCAAGGGCAUUGAGGGCAUCUCCAGCAUCGAGACACAGACCUACACCCUGGAAGAGAUGUGAGACAGCCGACAGCUUUUGGCGGGGCUUGGCGCAAGCGCGAGUGAGACUUGAGGCGCUGAGAGUUGCAAGGUAUCCGCCCGAUCGGGGGAGAGCUUGCAAAGGUACAGUUUUGGCCGAGAUUGGACCUGGGGGGAGGGUUUCUUCACUGAGCUUUGUUUUUGGGCGUCUA